AUGCCCACUGUGCAGGGCUCCACUGUCUUUCAGGUGCAACCACUCCUUGGCAAGAGUUCAGGGGUGAGGGGAGACUGGGGGCAAUUGAGGCACGACAGUGGGCCCAACAAGGCCCAAAGAGCCAUCCCGGCCGCCCUCGGCAUUCUGACAGCUGUGACGGCAGAGGGUACCGCCGGCAUGACGCUAUACACGCCUGGCUAUUUGCUUACGCCCAGCCUGGUCUUGAUGAUUUUGAGUGUUACCACGUACUUCCCGGACGGGAUGCCCAGUAUGUACAUGCUGCUUGCAGAUGUGCAGAAAUGA